AUGUUCGAGCAUUUUCAACUACGCCACAUUCCUGCACUUUUCGCAGCUACUACGACGACAUUUGGCGGCCUCUGGCCGCUGUUCGACCCGCGAGGCUCACUACACGAGUUCGGGUUCACGUCGCGGAUCGCCGACUCACCAGCCGCUGCCCCCGUCAUGAUCAUCGGGUGCGCCCGUACCUCCAUCCUCGGUAUCUUGAUGUUCUACUACUACUCUCGUGGACAACUGGAGGUGGUGGACACUAUCCUUGGGGUAUUCGGCGCUUAUGCUGGCUUAAUUGAUAGCUAUGUUGUAUGGAAAGAAGGAAAUCUUCGAAAGGCGAUCUUCCGCUUCGUGAGCUCGGGGCUCCUCUCUGCCUGGGCGUUCUCUGGUCAGACCGCAGGCCGCUGA